AGUCCCUCAGGAUUUGAAAUACUUAAGGUCAGCAAAGUUAACUGUGAUGGGAACAGAGUGCCUUGUUUACCCAUCUUGGAUGGUAGUUUCAUAUUUACAGUAAAACACUGCAGUCAGGUAAAGACGUAGAAGUAGGAAAAGAGAGAGUAAGUAAAAGUCAGCGUCCAUAACACAGCUCCCAGGGCUUUGGUUUUCUGCAUAGCUGAGCUUUUUAGCAGGAUGGACAGCUGAGCCAUGUUCCAACAGGUGGUCCAGGUUCAGCCGCAUAGCAGUUUCAAGGAGUCAGGACAAUGGAGCACUGGUCUAUGUGAGUGCUACAAAGACAUGGGAGACUGCUGUUUUGCUUUAUGCUGCCUCCCAGUGUUUGCCUGUAAGGUGACCAGAGCAGCAGGUGCAUGUCCCUGCCUGGCUCUGCUGGAUUGUAUCAGUUGUGUGCCUCCAGCCUCUAUGGCCAUGAGGGCAUCGGUCAGGGAGCGGUACGGCAUACAGGGCAGCGCGUGGAGCGACUGCCUGUACGGAUGCUGCUGCUAUCCUCUUUCUUGGCUCCAGAUUUCCAGAGAACUGAAGAGAAGAGCAGCAUCCCACGCCUCCUCCUCACCGUCUUCAUCCUCGUCCUCGUCAGUCAGAUACACUGCUCUUGCUUCCCUGCAGGGGGCGCACUUGGUUUAGACAAGUCUCUUCUCUACCAGGAGUCCAUCUGUCAGAGUACAGGAGUUGAUUUAAUCACAUUUCCUCUGGUCUGCAGCCGCUCCCUGUUACCUCAGAUAAUUCAUCUGGGAAACAAUGAGUCCCACAGAGAGGAAAGCACUCUUUUUUGAUGAAGAUAAAGUAAAAAAAAAAAAAAAAAAAAAAAA